GGCGGGACGACGGGGGAGGGGAGACGGCGGCGUGGUCGCCCGGGCACUCGUCCGGCGCGUCUCUGUCGUCGGUGAGAGGGCGGGCCGACCCCGGCCUCGAGCUCCCGGGGCUGAGGCUCCGGAAGGCGGCCGGGGGCUGAGGGAGCCGCGGCCGGGGGGGCUCACCGGUGCGCGGCGCCCGCCCCGCCUGCCCCCGCGGGUUCCCCCGCUCGGCCCCGCGAACUGUUUGGGUUUUCGUGGCGCCGCCCCGCGCUUCCGGCCCCGCCCCCGCGCUCCCAGCCCGGCGUCCCCGGACCGCUGGGGACCGUCACAGCGGUUUCCCCGUUCCGCGCCGUUGUCGCGCGUCCGCGCCGCGGCGCGUUCUCCGGCGGGAUUAUUUUCAGUCACCAGCGAUUUCUUUUUAACUGCCCGCCUCCGCUGCAGUUGCUUCAGCGCCUUCAGGUAAGACCAUGAAUUAUGGAAUUUCUUAAAUGAAGCAUUCAGGAAUGAAGUGAAAAUCAUAACCUAUAGACAAGAAAUGAUUUUUAAGUUAUGUCUAUCAAUUUGACUAUAGAUAUAUAUUAUAUUUACCUCCUUAGUAAUGCAAGAAAACUUUGUGGGAAGCAGAGAAGCAAGCAGCUGCAUUUCUUGUGCUCACCUAAACAUUGCUGGAGGAUAAGCUACAUCGGUCUACAAAGAGGGUUUCAUACAAGCAGAAUAAGAUGUAAAUGGCCCCACAGUGAAGCACCCCCUUGUGGCAAGCACUGGUCCUCUCCCGGCCACCAUGGCUUACAUAUUGGAAUUUUGAAACUUAGCACUUCUGCCCCCAAGGGACUAACAAAAGUGAACAUUCGUAUGUCCCGCAUUAAAAGUACUUUGAACUCCGUUUCAAAGGCUGUUUUUGGCACUCAGAAUGAAAUGAUCUCACGUUUAGCUCAAUUGAAGCCAAGUUUUCGACUAUUAAGAAAAGUAUCGGAUAGCGGCUGGUUAAAACAGAAAAACAUUAAGCAAGCCAUCACCUCUCUGAAAAAGUAUAGUGACAAAUCCACGGAAAAUACUUCUCUUUCGGAAAAGCAACGUCGUGUUCUAGAUGAAGAUAUAGGUAAACAAAGCCUUUUUCGUUACACACGUAGGAUAACCACAAAAUUUGGAGAGUCAUUCUACUUUUUAUCAAGUCACAUUAAUUCAUACUUCAAACGCGAGGAAAGAAUGCCUCAAAAAAAGGAAAGUAAACAUUUCCAGGACAAACCAGAACUUGAAGGUACAAAGGUUGAAGAAGAGAAACCUAGCUCUUCAGAUCCCGGCUUCCUGGUGGGUGAGCUAGAUUCAGAAUCUUCCUUACCUUCGGAGGACAAGCCCGCAGGUCCCAGCGAGACACCUGAAGCUCUUCCAGUUUCUGCCAAACAGAGUAUUGCCAACUUUCUUUCUCGUCCCACUGGAGGUGUACAGGCUCUAGUGGGUGGUUAUAUUGGUGGACUUGUCCCCAAACUGAAGUAUGAUUCGAAGAGUCAGCCGGAAGAACAGGAAGAGGCUGUUAAAGCCGAGCAGCCUGCCAGCAGAGACAAAAAUCUGGAGGAGAAAAAGCGGUUAUCUCUUCAGCGAGAAAAGAUCAUCGCGAGAGUGAGUAUUGAUAACAGAACCCGGGCCUUGGUCCAGGCACUGAGAAGAACAGCUGACCCCAAGCUCUGCAUUAACAGGGUUGAAGAACUGACUUUUCAUCUUCUAGAAUUUCCCGAAGGAAAAGGAGUGGCUGUCAAGGAAAAAGUUAUUCCAUAUUUAUUACGAUUGAGACAGAUUAAGGAUGAAACUCUUCAGGCUGCUGUUAGAGAAAUUUUGGCCUUGAUCGGCUAUGUGGAUCCAGUGAAAGGAAGAGGAAUCCGAAUUCUUUCAAUUGAUGGUGGAGGGACGAGGGGCGUGGUUGCUCUGCAGACGCUGCGGAAGCUGGUUGAGCUCACCCAGAAGCCAGUACAUCAGCUCUUCGACUACAUCUGUGGUGUGAGCACAGGUGCAAUAUUAGCAUUCAUGUUGGGAUUGUUUCAUAUGCCCUUGGAUGAGUGUGAGGAACUUUACCGAAAAUUAGGAUCCGAUGUGUUUUCACAAAAUGUCAUUGUUGGAACAGUCAAAAUGAGUUGGAGCCAUGCAUUUUAUGACAGUCAAACAUGGGAAAAUAUUCUUAAGGAUAGGAUGGGAUCCUCACUAAUGAUUGAAACAGCAAGAAACCCUACAUGUCCUAAGGUUGCUGCAGUAAGUACCAUAGUAAACAGAGGGAUAACGCCUAAAGCUUUCGUGUUCAGAAACUAUGGUCACUUUCCUGGCAUCAACUCUCACUACCUGGGAGGCUGUCAGUACAAAAUGUGGCAGGCCAUUAGAGCGUCGUCUGCUGCGCCCGGCUACUUUGCGGAGUAUGCCCUGGGAAAUGACCUUCACCAAGAUGGAGGCUUGCUUCUGAAUAACCCCUCCGCGCUCGCCAUGCACGAGUGCAAAUGUCUUUGGCCGGACGUGCCCUUGGAGUGCAUCGUGUCUCUGGGCACCGGGCGGUACGAGAGCGACGUGAGGAACUCUGUGACGUACACGAGCUUGAAAACCAAGCUGUCAAACGUUAUCAACAGUGCGACGGAUACAGAAGAGGUCCAUGUAAUGCUUGAUGGCCUGUUGCCUCCUGACACCUACUUUCGAUUUAAUCCUGUCAUGUGUGAGAACAUCCCUUUAGAUGAGAGCCGGAACGAAAAGCUCAAUCAGCUGCAGCUGGAAGGGCUGAAGUACAUAGAAAGAAAUGAAGAAAAAAUGAAAAAACUUGCAAAAAUACUAAGUCAAGAAAAAACAACUCUGCAGAAAAUUAAUGACUGGAUAAAACUAAAAACUGACAUGUAUGAAGGCCUUCCGUUUUUCUCAAAAUUGUGAGAAAUGUAUGUGUGUGUGUGUCUCUCUCCCCCUAAAUGAGUGCCUGAACAGAAGAGGCAGUGAAUUCCGUAAGGAAUGCUGGGGCUCAGCAGGAGUUUACUUCGAGAUACUGGAGAAGCCUGAAGACCAGCCCGUCCGGCUGGUCCGGCACAGAGGGUGUGCCUGGCUACAGAAUUCACAUGGGAGUUGCUUCUUACGAUGUUCACAGUUAACAGUGCUUUAGGAAUCUUACUGUGCUAGUUGGUUUUAGUAGGUAUCGGUGUUCUAUUGUUUGAUAUUUGAAAAUGUAUUAAUACAUGUGCCAGGCAGGAACUGUGACCCUACCACACGUGAUGUUUUUGCCUUAGUCGCCAUAAUCAUGUUGAAUUUGUUUGAUCACUGGUUUUCUGUCAUGUGGAAAAGCUCAUUUCUUAAGUCUCCAUCACGGAUGUUUUGACUCGCUAUAUUCUAGGAUCCACAUGUUGCCUUUUAUUGUAAUAAUGUCAAACCAGGUGCAGAAACAUGGAAUUUGCUCUAUCAGAGGACUUUUACAUUUGAAAUACGGAAGAACCAGCUACAGUUCUGUUCAGAAUGUGUUCAUUUCAACACUGUUUGGGUCAUAAAGAGAGAUGAAGUUCCAGUCAACCACUUUUCCACCUGGAAUUGAAAGAUCGUGCUGGGGGGUUAAGUUUUCUAGCUCUGGCUUAUCCAUUCACUGUUCCAAACGUAUUUGAAUUCGCUGAGAACAUCUCCCUAUCAUUAACAAAAAUAAACUAUUGAAAUACUGUGUUGUUAAAAGGC